UAAUUCAUUUUAGGAUUGUCAGGGUGAAAGUGUUGAAAUAUGUGCGGAAACAAAAUCAAUGUUUGUACAUUAGCCUUUGUGGUCGUCGUUGUACCACCCACAAUACACACACACCAAUAGGCUGCUCGCCCGAUAGUGCCACAAUAGACGAUCGAUUUUGCAUCAGUAAAUUGACAUUUGGACUUGUACUGACUGGCUGAAGGGUUGCAAUCAAAUGUGCGACUUGCGACUGUUUUUGUUAGAUCACGGGACACCGUAGCAGGAGAUCAGAAACAGUAACACAUGAAACAUUCCCUAACGUAUAGAACCUCAUAGUCCAGCAAAACCUGAAAUGACGUCCCAGAUUGACACAUGAUGAGACUAGUAUCGCUUACUCUCGAAUAUGUAGUUUUUAAAACCACAAUAAAUGCGUAUAAACGUUUGGUCGGUAGUCCUGUUGUCUCUUUAAUGUAAUAUCAUGACGAGUGACAGCACCAGAAAUAAGGUAUACCCGACUCCUAAAAGCACGUGAGCAAGUAUGAUUCAUAUUUUUGUUGCGUGUGGAGUGUCUCUCAUCGGAAAUGAAUACUUUUUAUGACAUCAGGGCCUCCUCUCUUUGUUGGCGUUUGUCGAUUCUCCUGACCACGCCCCCUCGCCUCCGCCGCCAUAAAGGCGUGGGGCGUCAGCGUCCACGAUCGCAGCGGAAUUCCACGCUCACAACAGGUGCGGUUGCUCAUUCCGGACGAUGCCCGUAGAGUGCCGGUCGUCGCUUUGCACUUUGAAGCACUUUUUGCACAUUUUUGAAUCUCGUUUUGCACCGUGAAGAUGCCUUUCCCUCCGAUCAGUCUCCAGCAGAAGAUCCCCUCUCCCGCCAGGGAUCUAUUCAGCAAAAAGAAAGCCAGCGCCGAGAAGAGGGAAUCUGGGAAGGAGAAGCAAACCUCAUCUUGGACGGCAGCUAAUUUAAGGAAUUUGGGGCGCAGGACACAACAAGAGAAGGGUAAAAACCCGUCGCCGCAGAAGGAGGUGCAGGGAAAAUGCUCGUGGCUGACCUCCACCAAACCUCAGGAGUCAACCGCGGCAGUGAGGCGCUCCUCUUCCGCAGACUCCGGUCGAACCCCGGCAAGCAAAGAGGACGCAAGCAAGAAGGAGAUCCAGUUCACGCUCAGCCUCACCCCAGAGGCCAUACUUGUCAUUCAGAAGAGAAAUCUGGAGAAGCAGAUGCUGGCGAAGCAGCACAAAUGCUGUGCUUCUGGGGACUUCAGGAACCGGCGCGUGUUCCCUUCCAAAAAAACGCCGCACGGGAGCUGCAAGGGCGCACAGGUGACCAAAGUGGAGGAGGCGGAGCAGGACAUCACGGCCAUCGUGAAAAUCUCACUUCUGAACGACCAGCACAAGUAUGACGAUGUGGAGUACGAGGAGGAGGACGCAGACGUGGACGAGACCGUGAUGAGGAAGUGCAAAGAGUGGCUCAAGGGGGUGGAAAGUGCUGCGGCGUUGGGAAAAGUCGACAAACUCUCGGCGCUACCGCACCUAAAGAGCUGCUGCUAAGGGUGGCAGCCAAGCCAUGAAAUGAAACGACUCUAAAUUAGUGUGCACUGAUGCAAUGACGACUAAAGUCUGCAGGUUGUGUUUAUUUAAGUCCAUGUGGAACGAAGGGGGUACUUGAGGAAUACGGAAUACUUCCCAGAAUGAUGUGAAAGAGUUGCAGUUCAAGCUUAUUAUGCCUUUUUGUAAAACUGUUGGACGUUUGGAUUGAGUGACUUUGCACACGCGUUUUUGGUUUUCUUCUGUGAGGCGCCUCCUGUGGAUUAACGCAAGAAGCAUUUGCGCAUACGAAGCUCUUUGUUUGACAGAACAAUACACGUCACCAAUUAGGUUUUAUGCUCUGCUAAAAACCGAACUCGACUGUCUUUUAGUUUCCAUCAAAGAAGAGGCAUCUAUAUUCUGAUGUGUAUAGCGUUUAAUAGUAUUGUAUUUGUACCAGAUAGGCUGUGCCAUUUAAAGUGAAGGGUUUUGUACUAUCCACACAGCUUCUAAAUCUGAACUUGAUUGUGCCUCUAUGAUGUUGAUUUACAGUCACUUUGACUUUUGUUGGAUAUCAGAGGCUCUUUGUUACCAUCGUAGCUACCUGAGGCCAUUUGGGCAUUAGUGUGCUAAGCCUCUUAGAUUUCCUGCUAAGCAGGGUUGACCAGUGUACUGUAGGGGCCAGCUACUGCAGCUCCAUUGGAAAAUUGCCUCUAAUUUUUGUAUAACACAAGUAAAACAAUGCACCUCACCAUGAAACAGUGUCUUGAGAUGUUUCUAUUUCCUUAUACUGAGGUGUAUGGACAAUUUCCAGCAAAGGCAUGCAAGGUUUUUGUUAUUCCGUCCCAACUAGGCCUCAAUCAAUGGCAGUUCUUUUAUUAUGAUAUAGUUGUGGAUAAUUUUGGUUGACAUAAAAAUACAUAAUUUUGCCAUUUUUAAUAAUGGACUAACGAGUAUGGUCCUUUUAUUCCACCCUUAUUGUGUGAAAAUAGUUUAGUCAAUAUGGGAUGCAUGAGGUAACAGAUUUAUUGCCAAUUGUGUAAUAAGAGUAUACUGUAUGUCACUCAGUGGAGUGUAGAUUUCAGUCAAGGCCAAAAUAUUUAGAAAAUUGUCAAAUAAUUACUGUGUUACUUUCUGCUUCAUUAAUUUAGGCCGGUGGUACUCUUAAAUUAUUUGAGCGCCACAACUUCAGAACUGUUAGUGGGAUGCACUAACCACCCAAACUAUUUUUUUUCUUCCAGUCCUGUGGAUUUCCAUGAGGUGAAUAAACAGAAUGAUAGAUGAAAAUCCCACCUAGUGUAGAGACGUCAGCCUCUCACGCAGUGUGUAUUUAUAGCAGGCAGCAGGCUGAGAUCAUGGCUGAGCACAGUCGUACCAAGACUUAUGUGACCCCUCUAUAAAGCCCCUGCUGAAGAUAUUAUCAUCUGACUCGGUGACCCAAAGUUGUGUAAUCUUUUGCUAUUGUGCUGUUUCAAUUGGCCUUGUUUAUAGGCCUCACAGCCUCUCUUUUCUCACAACACCAGUAUUCAUCGCUGUCUGCU